AUGUAAUUGAGGAGUGCCAAUAUGGCCGUGUGGUGGCUUCCAAUCCUCUCAUUGGCCAAUAUACAACAUCAGCAAUCCAAGAAUUAUAAACAUCUUUAUUCGGAAUAGCCUCUCCCUCUUCCAAAAGAGAACUGAUUCGGCUCAUACUGCGCAUUCUUAACUUGGAAGGAGGAAGGAAGGACCAGUUACAAUCUCGAGCAUCCCCUUCCAGCCCCAUGAAGCCCACCGACAUGGCUAAAGAAGGAACGGAGAUGACAGAGGAAACUGAGCACAUGAUAGAGAAGAAUGGAGCAAAAGAAACAGAAACUGUAGUAUCUGCAGGAGAUGCCAAAGAAAUGCGAGCCGUAAUACUGUCCGGUUUCGGGGGUCUCAACAAACUCCGGGUAACCAAGAAGGCGAUGCCUGAGCCACAGGAGGGAGAAGUGAAAAUUCGCGUCAAAGCAUGUGGCUUGAACUUCCUGGAUCUUAUGGUGCGUCAAGGUAAUAUUGACAGUCCUCCGAAAACUCCACUUGUCCCUGGAUUUGAGUGUUCUGGAAUAGUGGAGGCGAUGGGAGAAAACACAAAGGGAUUUGAGAUAGGAGACCGGGUUAUGGCUUUUGUAAAUUACAACGCCUGGGCAGAGGUGGUUUGCACACCACUGGAUUACGUCUAUAACAUGCCUGAUGAUAUGACAUUUCCUGAGGCAGCAGCCUUCUCCAUGAACUUCGUGGCUGCCUACAUGAUGCUGUUUGAGGUUGCCAAUCUCCGAGAGGGGAUGUCAGUAUUGGUCCAUUCAGCAGGAGGGGGUGUGGGUCAAGCUGUGGCUCAGCUGUGCUCCACUAUACCCAGUGUCACUGUGUUUGGAACGGCCUCAUCUUUCAAACAUGAAGCCAUCAAGGACUCUGUGACCCACCUCUUCGACAGAAACAUUGAUUAUGUACAAGAAGUUAAAAAGAUCUCUCCAGAGGGAGUGGACAUCGUCCUGGACUGUCUGUCUGGGGAGAACACUGGUAAAGGCCUCGGUCUGCUGAGGCCUCUGGGAACCUACAUCCUCUACGGCUCAUCAAACAUGGUUACUGGGGAAACAAAGAGUUUCUUCAGCCUUGCAAAAUCUUGGUGGCAGGUUGAGAAGGUGAACCCUAUUAAACUCUAUGAAGAGAACAAGGUCAUUGCUGGAUUCUCGCUGCUCAACCUCCUGUUCAAGCAGGGCAGGUGUGGGCAGGUGAAAACGGUGGUGGAGAAACUCUUCUCCCUCUACAACCAGAAGAAGAUCAAACCUGUGGUGGACUCCCUGUGGGCACUGGAGGAGGUAAAAGAAGCCAUGCAGAGGAUCCACGACAGAGGCAACAUAGGAAAGCUAAUCCUGGAUGUGGAGAAGUCUCCCACUCCUUUGAUGGCCAGUGACAGCACAGAGACCAGUGAGGCUGGUGAGGAGGAGGAGGAACAUGAAGGGGACAAUGACAACAAGGAGCGCAUGCCUUUCAUCCAGUAGGCCCAGGUACGGCACCACAACUGGCCUGGACACCUCAAAGGAAAGAGGUGGAGCGGGGGAUUAGUUCCAUAACAGAUGACUCCACAACUCGAACUACGCACAGUGAACUCAAACUGUUGUACUGUAUGUGAGUGUAUGUUUGUGUGCGUGUGUGUGGGUCUGUUGUCUUUGUGUCUUUUGUUAUGUAAGAUGUUUGAAAGACAUGGAAACUCAUAAGACACUGGUUGUCAAAGUUGGCAAUCAGCUAAAGUGCCAUUCACUAUCCAGUAUUAUGAUGAGCAUUGUGUUGCUGAACAAAUGAUGUUCAGAGAUGCUAAGACCUAUCUGCAGCCUCAGUGUUGUUCAUUGUGUUCUAUGGCAACCUCAACAAGGGAGCAAAGUAGGAACGGAGUGAAUAAGGGGUUGAUUAUGUUGCUUUUAGGGAAAAUACGAGAGUGAGUGAUUGAGUGUUAAAGAGAACAGUAAGUGAGUGAGAGUGAACCAGGAACAUAAGUGAUAUUGACCAUGGUUGUACUCCUGUCUUGAUGGUUGAAACAAGAGGGAAACUAGGAGGGUGAGUGUUAGCGUAAACGUCUCCUCUAAGCUAUAUUCCCGUUUCUCUUUUACCACUAUUAUGGUGACUCAAAAGUGAGAUUCAUUUCAGCUGCUUCAUGAACACUAGUCACUCUGAUCACCCCAUUACCACUGAAUACACAGCAAACCCAGAGCAGAUUGGCCCUGGGCUAUUUACCUCCACCUGCUGCAGUGAGUCUAUCAAAACCACUCUAUGAGAUCGUUUUUCACCCUCCUCCCUCAGGUUAUUUUCAGCAGUGUGUGAGCUAGGAGAGAGUAUUAGGAAAUGCCACUGUAAAUGCCUGCUACCAUGUUUACCGACACAUUAGGGAUCCGACCUUCUGCGAUGUUGUUAUGGAAUCACCAGUGCCUUUGAGCUAGAAGUCUGCAGCAGUCUUGUAGAAGAUUUCAGUAUUUGAAUUGUACCCAUUCCACAGACACUCAAUUUCAUGGGGGUUCUGCCAAAUGCCAGGUAGCAUUCUGAGUGUGUUUCCUACAUUUCUACAACUAAUGAAAAUAAGAAAUAUAACGUCAGCUUUUGGUCUCAUCCGUAGUCUUCAUUUCAGACAAACAAUGCAGAUAGAAAUGGCAUGGGGGUCAGGUGAUGAUGAUGAUUAACCACACCCGUUUCUGUUUAGUCUGUGUUCUUUAUGCAUGUGUGUAAUAAGUUGUGUUACGUUUUCCUGCUGGUGCCUGUGUAUAGUGUACAAUGCCUCCCAAACAGAGUGCCACAGAGAGGGAAGACUAAAGACACAUUCACUGACUGAUGAGCUUUUGGGCCAUCAAGAAUGGAAGUACUAUCGCUGUGGAUACCACAGGAGAGGAGUUAUUCAUAUCAGAUGUUAACAUCUCAUGUGAGAUCUGGUAUGGCAACUGCAUUGUGCUACUAGUAUUAUCCAUAUGGACAGUGUGAAAUUAAUCGUCCGACAUACAAAGCUAUUUAUUCAUAAAAAUAUGAAAAUACCAUUGAUGUAUGGAGAUGAAAGCUACUGAAUCGCCUUGUUAUGAACAGUAAAUCUAGCUAAGGCAGAUGUGUUUCAUAUUACUGCAAGCUUACAUAUUACCUUCAGGAGUAUUCCCACACCAAAAAGAAAAUGUACAGACACAGUAUAAACAGCAUACAAUGUCUUGUAACUUUGUAAGUGAAUAGAAAAUAUGAUCCAUUUUUGUAUGUACCCUGCUGUCUGUAUGAGAAGAAAGGGCCCAGUUAUUACAUGGCUGUAGAAGUGAUUGGAAUGUAGCCAGCUGUGCUUCUCCAAACGAACCACCCACUGGUGAAGAAAUACAGUUCCACACAUUUCAUUGAUCUUUCAUUUGCCACUCACAACAUUCGUAUGAUCUUUAAUUAACUAAGUCACAUUAAAUUUCACAACAUUUUAUUCAAAUAUUUUAUUAGCUACGUCACAACAUUGCACCUAUUUCCUUUCGUGAUAGACUUGGCAAUGGUGCUGGGAAUCAAGUAUAUUAAUGAAGGACAAAAGUACAUCUAAAUGUGAAUGUCUCUUUGGGUUUUCCUGUUAGUCUAGGUCUAGAGUGUAGAGUAACUUGCAGUGUGUCUGUCUGUGUUUCCAUGGGAGGUCAUUAUGAUGGAUAGUCAACUUGCCUUAAAAGUACAAAAAAAGAUAAACAAACUAUGUAGGCGUGUUUAGUACUGUAGUUGGAACCUGAUUACAGACUUAUAUGAAGAUAUUGUUUAACUGUAUUUGUUGGUAUUAGUUGUUUUGUUAUGUUAUACUGUACGUAGUCCAGUUCUGUUUACAUUAAUAAAUGUAUCUGCAGAGCAUUCUGGGAAA